AUGUGGGAUUUUAUUGUUAAUGACUGUGCAUCUGUUAUCGUGGAAGGUAUUAUUAGCAUUGCCCUUAUUCUACGUGUUCAAUGGCAAAAACGACGUAUUCAUCAAUCUCCUCAAUGGCGUAAACAAAGACGAAUGAUUAUUCAGUUAUGUUUGGUAUCUGGUUUUAGUGCGAGCGUCAAUCUACCAACCUUUAUUAUUUAUAUUUCUCAUGUAUUUGGUCUACCACCAGAUUAUGGUGUUCAAGUUGAUCUCUAUUUUUACUUUUUGACUUACUUUGUCGUUUUCCUGUUUCCAUUCGCAUCUUUAAGUCAAUAUCCACAAUUACGCAAACUGAUUAAAACCAAAGUCUUCUGUAUGUCACCAAGACAACUACCUCAUGUAAUUAAUGGUGUACAUGGAACAAGAUUGAUAGCAACAGGUGUGCGAGUUCAACACACAACAAUUCAUUGA